UAAUCUGACAUCCGUCAAAUGCAUUAUUUUCUACUUUACUUGCGUGCUUGUUCUAACCUUUGAAUAAAUUGAAUAACUUCCUAUUAUCCAAUAAAAGAGUGCUAGCAAGCUAAUAGCCUUAAAUAUGGAAGGUUUUGAAAUAAGGAUUUCUAAUACCAAAAAGGGAAAAGGGCUGUAUGCGACGAAGCAGUUUAACGAAGGUGAUGUUAUUUUAGCUGAGGACCCGUUAGUUUCCUGUCAAUUUGCGUGGAACGCUGCGUAUAGGUAUUUGGCGUGCGACCACUGCAUGAGGCCUCUAGAAACACCAGAACAAAAUGUACGACGUCUCUCAGCAAAGCCUGAUAUUGUUUUGCCCCACUCAAAUUGCUUUGAAACUGACCUUUUGAACAUUACUAGUUGUAAUCAAUGCGGUAUACUAUAUUGUUCUGAGGAAUGUAAGGAGAUCUCCUAUGCAAAGUAUCACAGGGUUCUGUGCUAUAUACAGAGUGAGACCCAGCAUCCUGUUAAUGUGUUAUUGGAGACUUGGAAACAAAUCCAUUAUCCACCAGAGACUGCAAACAUAAUGCUCCUAGUUAGAAUAUUAGCAUUCAUCCAACAACACUCAGACCCAGAGUCAGCAGCUGCAACAAUCAAACAGUUCUGUCAUAGGACAGUCAAUGAGGAUGCUGAAUUAGUUCACAAGUUGCUGGGAGAUGAGUUUAGAAGCCAAAUAAAUACACUGAGAGAGAUGACGGCGCAUGUUAUAAAUGGUGAACAUAUACAGGAGUUCCUAACACCUGAAGGAUUCUGUUCGCUAAUGGCUCUGGUAGGAACCAAUGGGCAGGGCAUUGGCACGAGUCCACUGGCUCUAUGGGUCAAUUCUGUUUCAAACUUAACAAUGUCAGACGAUGAGAAACAACAGUUACACAUGUUUAUUGACAAACUGUAUCAGUAUGUGGAAGAAGAAUCCGGUCAAUUCCUCAAUACAGAAGGUUCCGGAUUGUUCCUAUUGCAGAGUGCAUGCAACCACAGCUGUGCACCAAAUGCAGAAUCUUCAUUUCCUUAUGGCAACCAUAGGAUAGAGUUGAAAGCCAUAAAGACAAUCAUGCCUGGAGAGGAAAUAUUCAUAAGUUAUUUGGACGAGUGUGCUUUACAACGGUCAAGACAUUCAAGGCAAAAGGAGCUAGCAGAGAACUACUUAUUUGUGUGUUGGUGUGAGCGGUGUGUGGCUGCGGGCUCGGAGCCCGACUGCAGCAGCGAGGAAGACAUGAGUGAAGAAGAGGAGGAUGCGGAUGACUGAUGCUCCAACUUCCUCGCCCUGUGCCUCCUGGGCCUCUGAGAAGACUGACUGUAAAGUGACACACAGUGAAUUGAAAGUAAAGUGGAACUGCCAUAAAAAGUGUAUAUAAAAUGCAUAUUGUAAAAACUAUCACACUUCUUCAUAAAUAUGAAUAUAAAUAUAUCCAUAGUUUUUGUCGAUAUAACUUUAUUGCUUCUGAGAGACUGACUGUAAAGUGACAGGCAAUGUUAGGACAUGAUGCCUUAUUUUUCUCAUUGGCCAGUUAAGGCUACUUUUUCAUCAGGGCCUUGCCUGCCUGAAUGCAUAAUGCAGGGUUUAUAUAAAAACCACCAAUUUUAUAACUUAAUUUUGAAAGCUUUGCUUAAGGUCUGGUGGAAAGGCAGCUUUACGCUUGAUUGCAAUUGGAAUUAAUUGUAUAAAUAAAUCUACACUAAUUUGUAAAUUUAUAAAGAAAUAUUGAUAAUGUAUAUAUUAAAGGUUCCUUCAAAGAACAUUUACGUCAUCAAGCCUAAUGUAUUUUAUGAUGUUGAAGGGGGCCUUUGAAGUACCAUACAAAGGCAUUUUGACUUCUAUCUACCUGAAUAAUAUAAAGAGGUAAUAUAUGUUUGUUUCAAGAAUGUAAGGUUAAAAGUUGUAAAUUCACUGGGAAGAAAUACUUAAAGUCUUACACCUAAUUUAAAUCAAAUCAAAAAAAUAAAAACAUAUUCAAUUUAAUAGAAAUUAGGUGCAUAAAAUUUUUUAAAGAACAAACCCUCAUUUUAAACCCUACGAAAGGGAAUCAUGAUUUAACGCCCACAUUACGUUGUGACGUCAAACGCCAUUCUCACCAGCCACAUAAGAUAUUUUGUUUCAAUAAAAACAUUGUCUGGUGGGAGGCUAUGGCCGUGGCUAGUUACCACCCUACUGACAAAGACGUGCUUUAGUGUU